AUUUUACAUAUAAAUAUUACACUACUGGUUAAUUCAAUUUGUGUAUACCUCCUAAUUUAUUAUUUAUUAAUUAUUAUUUAUUUAUUAUUAUUAUACUACAUACACCCCAAAUACAUAUAUUUAUCAUUAAUUUAUUAAUUUAUUCAUUCAUUCAUUAAGUAUACUCAAUUAUAAUAUACCAAAUUAUGAUAAGGCAUGGGAGCAAAUUACUAAAAGUGCACAGUUAUUAUCAUUACGAAAGACGAAUACUCAAUACAAAACAACUUGUUACUCGACUAACAGGGUCCAAUGUAGUAAUUCAUCGAACAUUUUCAACUAAUAAUGCAUGGUUGUGUAAUAGGCAGAAGUCAUCACAUGAGAAGAAGUAUGAUAAUUCUCAGUAUAUAAAUAGUCCAUUACUGGAUAUAUCGAAGGAGGGCUUGAAUCAAUCCCCAAAUGGUGGUGUAUAUGUUCCAGAAGAAGUGCAACCAGAGACAUCAGGAGCAUCAGGAUCAGAAGCACCAGAAGCAUCAGAAUCAUCAGAAGUAUCAGAAGCUGCGCAUGCAGAUAUUACAGCUAAUAAUAUAGAGAAUCCUAUUUCUACAACUAAUAAUGAAACUACCAGUAAAGAAGAAGAUAAUUCCUCCUUAUCAUUUGGUUCUAGUGAUUUCUUAACCACCAUCUUUGAUGAUAUGGAACCGUUUAUGGACACAUACCAAGUCUACGAAGAAUUACUUCAAGCAGGGUUUACACCAUCACAAGCCGAUGAAAUUAUUAAUUUAGUCAUAGUUCAAUUGAAUUCUAAAUUAUCUAAAUUAUCAUCAAAAUAUAGUCAAGUUUAUGAAUUAGAGAAUGAACGAUAUUUAUUUGAAAGUGCACAACAAGAAUUAAGAGUUGAUGUUACCAGAUCACGAGAGCAGCAUAUAAAUGAAUUAAUUACACUUACUAAUGUCUUAGAAAGAGAUUUUAGUAUUAUAUCAGAUGAAUUAAAUAAUGAUUUCUUACAAAUGAAGAAUGAUAAUCAAGUUGCAAUAAAUGAUCAAAAAUCAGAAAACACUUUGCUGUCAAAGAAAAUUAUUCUUAGAAUUCAAGAAACAAAUCAUAAAAUUACUACAGAAUUAAAUUCAGCCAUGAGAUCAGAAAUUGAAUCUCUCCGAUGGAAUUUAUCGCGAUGGGGGUUAAUUGCUAUUUUAAUUACUAUAUUUUCUGGCUGUGCAGCAUUUUAUGGUCAAAAGGCUAGACAUGCCAAGCAUGAGAGUAUGAAUUCUGAAUUUGUACCUUUGGUAAUUUAUGAGCCAAGUGAAUAUGAUGAGGAUGAUUAUCAUACUGAUUUGGAUAAGACGGUUAUAGAAUAAUAAUAUUUAGGUUAUAUAUGAAUUAAAUGCUCUGAUAUAUGGUAGGCACAAAAAAAGUGUUAGUACUCAAUAAAAUUUAUGCGUAG